AUGACGAGAAGCAAGGGGGAGAUGCGGCGGCGGCAGCGAAAGCUGUACGAGCAGCGCCAGCAUCUGGACAAGCAGGCGUUGCAGUAUCAAGUAAGAAAAGAGACCGAAGCGCAGUGGAUGACGAAGCGCCAGAAGAGCAGUCGAGUGGCGUCUUGGUGGAGUUACGACGUAGAAGGAGAAGGAACAGAGCUGAACAGUACGUCCUUGAGUACGAGUUGCGACCAGCACGAUCGGCAGAUGGGCUUAAUGAACGACGAGAAGUUGAUGCCGGACCAAGAUGGGUAUCCCUUCAGCGGUACGAAGAGUUGUUUAGUCGCGACAGAGUCGUGGAAGACUCUGUGGUUGGGGAAGACGUGUAAUAGGGCAUUGACGGUGGUUGCCGAGGAGUCAAGCAGUAUAGAGCACGUGGGAGGUAUUGGGUACGUUAGUGAAGUGAGCGGUUACAUGGCGUCAGUUGGUGUGGCGAGCGGAGGCCGCACAAAUGCGAUCUUGUAUCCAGAAGCGACGCGUGAGAGUUGCGAGCCAAUCAGGAGUGACCAAAGAUCGCAACACGAACCCAACGUGCAGAGGAAAAGCGACGUGAAGACGGAGAGCGGUGAGACUUCGAGAUUUGCGCAGGAGAGCAGUAGCAGAUUGAAUCUCACUUCGAGAUUUGCGCAGUCGAGCACAGAGGCGAAGUAACUGCGAGUACGGAGAAGUGCGAGGUAGUGAGUAGGGUGCACGAAGCGGUCAGAGGACCAACACGAGAAGAGAGAAGGAGAAGAGAGAGAAGAGGUGCGAUUGGACGGACGAUCAGUCGUCAGUGCAUUGGUGGACGCGUGGGGCAACGACAGCGACGGGCGACGAGACCAGGAGGAGAGGACCCUCCGAGUUACUGUGUGGCUGCGAGCCGUAGGGUAGGCGCCAGAGGCGUAAUCCAAGUGGCUUUAGUAAGCGAGGUUUAGUGGGACCCGAAUCGUCGGUGCUUUGCGUGGACAGAGUUGUGCUGGGGGUGGAUUAGAAGGACAGGAGCACGGAGAGUGGGCGCUCGAUAAGCUACGGACGCGUGGCGAGUCGGAAGCUUAAGAGUGAGACUGAGUAGCGGUGUAUUCCGGGAAAGAAGGCCCAGAGAAGAACCGUGGCAAUAGGUCGAGAGUUGAGAGGGUGAGUCAGGUGAGUGAUAGCACGCCACCGAGAGCGAGUUCGCGGCUGCUAGUCCCAACAGGCCAGAGUCACAGGAGUUGAGGAGAGAAGUAAAUAAAAUAGGGACGAGAGUCCCGGCACCUUUGCGAGGGGCC